AAAAACCGCGUCUUCAUAUCUGCUGUUCACUUCUAUCAAACACCAUUAGUCGUUACUCUCUCUCUCUCUCUCUCCGAGAAUAAGAAAUGGAGCGAAAUGAAGAAUUGACAGUAGCCCAGAUGAGGGAAGCAGUUAAUAAACUUGGUUCUUCCACUGAGAGAUAUGGAGAUGCUACACUGAUGAGAUUCUUGAUUGCAAGAUCACUAGACAAAGAUAAAGCUGCAAAGAUGUUUGUGCAAUGGCAGAAAUGGAGGUCCGAUUUCGUGCCCCGAAACUGCAUUCUUGAUUCUGAAGUCGAAGACGAAUUAAGUGCCGAAAAAGUCUAUUUGCAAGGAUUAUCAAGAAAAGGGCACCCGGUUGUACUAGUCAAAGGCAACAAGCAUAUCUCCGGCAACGAUCAACUUCAAUUCAAGAAAUUCGUGGUUCAUAUACUCGACAAAUCCAUUGCUAGUGCUUUUAGAGGCAAAGAAAUAGGGAACGAAAAGAUGACCGCCAUUCUUGAUCUGCAACAACUUUCCUACAAAAAUAUCGACUCGCGUGCUAUGAUCACUGGUUUUCAGUUAUUGCAAUCGUAUUAUCCGGAGCGAUUAGCCAAGUGUUACCUGCUACACAUGCCCGGUUUUUUCGUGCGUGUUUGGAAAUUGGUUUCUCGAUUUCUUGACAAGGCUACUUUAGAAAAGAUUGUGAUAGUGACAAAUGAAGAGGAAAGAAGAGAAUUUGUUCGGGAUAUCGGAGAAGAAGCUCUGCCGGAAGAGUAUGGUGGCCUAGCCAAACUCAUUCUUCUUCAGGAUUUCAAGCUAAACCCAUUGGAUCACUAAUUUAUAAAUUUAUUACUGUUUUAUUUAUGAAUAAAAGUGAAAAUAAAAUAUAAAAUAAAAUAAAAUUAGAGAAUAAAAAAAUGAUGUAUCAUACAUAUAAGCAAGAUGAAUGUAUGUAAGUUCAAAUUUUCAUUUAGCACCGGAGUGUUUUCGUCGACUAGUGUUAAUUGUAUGCAAUAAAUAUUAAUUAAUAUGUCAAAUAGUAAGUUUAAUAAAUAUUUAAUUUUUUUGUUC